GCCGCCUGGUUCCCCCGUGUCCGCCGUCUCCGCUGUCCCCCGCGCCCUCCACUUCCGGGGCCGCAAUCCCUGGCAUGGAGUCGCGAGCCUGAGGCUCCUCCGGCCCCGGGAAGCCCUGCCUUGCCUGGCCACCGCCCCGCGCCAGCCCCGAGCCCCGUUUCAGACCACCCUUGACACUUUCCCAUCCAUGCUGCCGCUGUGCCAUCGGAAGCGGCCUGUUCCCACGACUCCUGUCAACCUUUCCAUCCCCCACCGUGAGGAAGUCACUUGCUUCAGCGGCAAGAACGAACCUGCUUUCGAGGAGCUGGGACUAAAGCCCAGACUUGCACUGUGGUCACCAAUCCCUGUCAUCCUUGGCUGAGUCCUGGGAGAACUGGGCUCCGUGGGAGGACCUUUCCCCUAGGCUCCCCCACCCACCUGAGGUCAGCCAAGUGGUUAAUGCGGACGGUUAAGAAGCUGCGCCUGGACAACGCAAACACAGGAAAUUGGAGGAGCUUCUCGCUGAAUUCUGAGGGGGCGGACAGGAUGGCCACUGGGUCACUGACGUCCGACCGGGGCGACGCGGUAGAGAUGGAGGACCCGGCAUCCCGCUUCCAGGUGCAAAAGCACUCAUGGGAAGGGCUCCGGAACAUUAUCCACGGCAGCCGCAAGAACUCGGGCCUGAUCGUCAACAAGGCCCCGCAUGACUUCCAGUUCGUGCAGAAGACGGACGAGUCGAGCCCCCACUCCCACCGCCUCUACUACCUAGGGAUGCCUUACGGCAGCCGAGAGAACUCCCUCCUCUACUCCGAGAUCCCCAGGAAAGUCCGGAAAGAGGCUCUGUUGCUCCUGUCCUGGAAGCAAAUGCUGGACCAUUUCCAGGCCACACCCCACCACGGGGUCUACUCUCGGGAGGAGGAGCUCCUGCGGGAGCGGAAGCGCCUAGGCGUGUUUGGCAUCACCUCCUACGACUUCCACAGCGAGAGCGGCCUCUUCCUCUUCCAGGCCAGCAAUAGCCUCUUCCACUGUCGGGAUGGGGGCAAGAACGGCUUCAUGGUGUCCCCCAUGAAGCCACUUGAAAUCAAGACCCAGUGUUCCGGGCCCCGGAUGGACCCCAAAAUCUGCCCUGCCGACCCCGCCUUCUUCUCCUUCAUCAACAACAGCGACCUGUGGGUGGCCAACAUCGAGACGGGCGAGGAGCGGCGGCUGACCUUCUGCCACAGGGGCUUAUCCAAUGUCCUCGACGACCCCAAAUCUGCAGGCGUGGCCACCUUUGUCAUCCAGGAAGAAUUUGACCGCUUCACGGGCUACUGGUGGUGUCCCACAGCCUCCUGGGAGGGUUCAGAAGGCCACAAGACACUGCGGAUCCUAUAUGAGGAGGUUGAUGAGUCCGAGGUAGAGGUCAUUCAUGUGCCCUCUCCUGCACUAGAAGAAAGGAAGACAGACUCGUACCGAUACCCCCGGACAGGCAGCAAGAAUCCCAAGAUCGCCUUGAAGCUGGCCGAGUUUCAGACUGACAAUCAGGGCAAGAUCAUCUUGACCCAAGAGAAGGAGCUGGUGCAGCCCUUCAGCACACUCUUCCCGAAGGUGGAAUACAUCGCCAGGGCUGGGUGGACCCAGGACGGCAAGUAUGCCUGGGCCAUGCUGCUGGACCGGCCCCAGCAGCGGCUACAGCUCGUGCUCCUGCCCCCGGCCCUGUUCAUCCCCACCACUGAGAACGAGGAGCAGCGGGUGGCCUUCGCCAGAGCCGUGCCCAGGAACAUUCAGCCGUACGUGGUGUACGAGGAGGUCACCGACGUGUGGAUCAACGUUCAUGACAUCUUCUAUCCCUUCCCCCAGUCAGAGGGAGAGGAGGAGCUCUGCUUCAUCCGCGCCAACGAAUGCAAGACUGGCUUCUGCCACUUGUACAAGGUCACUGCCAUGUUAAAGCCCAGCGGCUACGACUGGGACGAGCCCUUCAGCCCCAGUGAAGAUGAAUUUAAGUGCCCCAUCAAGGAGGAGAUUGCGCUGACCAGCGGUGAAUGGGAGGUUUUGGCCAGGCACGGCUCCAAGAUCUGGGUCAAUGAGGAGACGAAGCUGGUGUAUUUCCAAGGCACGAAGGACACGCCCCUGGAACACCAUCUUUACGUGGUCAGCUACGAGUCAGCUGGUGAGAUUGUGCGCCUCACCACACCCGGCUUCUCCCACAGCUGCUCCAUGAGCCAGAAUUUCGACAUGUUUAUCAGCCACUACAGCAGUGUGGGCACGCCACCCUGUGUGCACGUCUACAAGCUGAGCGGCCCCGACGACGACCCUCUGCACAAGCAGCCGCGGUUCUGGGCCAGCAUGAUGGAGUCGGCCAGCUGUCCCUCAGAUUACGUGCCCCCGGAAAUCUUUCACUUCCACACACGGUCAGAUGUGCGCCUCUAUGGCAUGAUCUACAAGCCACAUGCCGUGCAGCCAGGGAAGAAGCACCCCACGGUCCUCUUUGUGUAUGGAGGCCCCCAGGUGCAGUUGGUGAAUAACUCUUUCAAAGGAAUCAAGUAUUUGCGGCUCAACACACUGGCGUCCCUGGGCUAUGCUGUGGUUGUAAUUGAUGGCAGGGGCUCAUGUCAGCGGGGACUUCGGUUCGAAGGGGCCCUGAAAAACCGAAUGGGCCAGGUAGAGAUCGAGGACCAGGUGGAGGGCCUGCAGUUCGUGGCUGAGAAGUAUGGCUUCAUCGACCUGAGCCGGGUGGCCAUCCAUGGCUGGUCCUACGGAGGCUUCCUCUCGCUCAUGGGGCUGAUCCAUAAGCCCCAAGUGUUCAAGGUGGCCAUCGCAGGUGCCCCAGUCACAGUCUGGAUGGCCUACGACACAGGAUACACAGAACGUUACAUGGAUGUCCCAGAGAACAACCAGCUUGGCUACGAUGCGGGUUCCGUGGCCCUGCAUGUGGAGAAGCUGCCCAAUGAGCCCAACCGCCUGCUCAUCCUGCAUGGCUUCCUGGAUGAGAACGUGCAUUUUUUCCACACAAACUUCCUCGUUUCCCAACUGAUCCGAGCAGGAAAACCUUACCAGCUUCAGAUCUACCCCAACGAGAGACACAGCAUCCGCUGCCCCGAGUCUGGCGAGCACUAUGAAGUCACGCUGCUGCACUUUCUACAAGAACACCUCUGAGGGCCUGUGCGCCCACCCAGGGCGCACACUUAGAGCACAAGUGGCUUCACUGCUGCCACCACUGCCAGGGAGGGAGGGAGGAAGGGAGGGACCCAGCAGGAAGGACCGAAUGGCCCCGCAGGCCUCCUGGAGGUGCUGUCCCUGCUGCCGCCUUCACGCCCCGACACCUUUUAUUUUUUUUAAUGCUCCUGGUUUCUUUGCCUGCUGCUUCUUGGUUGUCAGGAUGGAGAGAUGAGGCCGACAUCCACGAGGCACUUCCUAAAGCCAUGCUCUCCUGUCCCUGUUGUUGGAAGCAGAAGGCCUGAACUCCACCGGGCACUGGAGAGGCCAGGUCUUCCUCCUGGGCCCUGACCCAGCCGCCACGCCCAGCAUGGAAGCAUGCGAUUGCCUUUCCUCCCCACCCGCCCCGCUUCCUAUUUGUGUUUUGUUUGGGGGAACGUUUUUCAUAAUUAUUUAAAAGACAGAAAGAAAGGGAUACCUAAAUCUAGAAUUGGGGUCUGCUGCCGGGCAACAGGGUUCAGCCCAACCAGCACCUGGCGAGCCCCACCUCUUCCAAAGGAAGGCAUGGUGGAUGGUGGCCAGCAGUGGGAACGAUGCACUGACGCAGGGCAGCCCUCCUGCGCCAGCCUCUCCCCAGCUUUCAGGCAGGCUCUGAACGCGGUCAGCUCCUGUCUGCUGGCCAGCGGCUGCUGCCCGCUCCUCAGCCCUCUGGCCACACGUGUCUGCCUGGCCCUCACAGACCGGGUUCCGGGGUUGGGAGUGGAACCAUCCCCUCCUCAGGGUUAUUCUUACUCCUUCCUUUCUCUGCCAAGUUCUGCCAGGGGCGGGCAAAAAAAAGAAAAAAAAAACACAAAAAAACAAACAAACCACCUCUACAUAUUAUGGAAAGAAAAUAUUUUUGUCAAUUCUUAUUCUUUUAUAAUUAUGUGUGUAAGAAGUAGGCUCAUUAAACGAUUCCAGAUGGAAGCGUUGCCACCUUCCUGAGGUUCCUUCUAAGCCCUCUGCUGGUGAUGGGGGCCUUCCUGAGUGGGGGGGUCCGGGAAGUGACUGAGCCAAAGGCCUGGUGGUCUUUGCAGCCAGCCUGGGGUAGCCUGGCACAAAAGGGGGAGGGGCACCAUGCCCUGGCUGGAAGACGCCCCGCCCCUCAUCAGAGUGGUUCGGUGAGAGUCCCAGUGGUCCUGAUGUGUCUGUCACUUAGGGAUCCAGCUUAGGAUGUGGUGGGCGGCCAGGGCAACAGCACUACCUGAGGUGCAACAUCCUGGCUGGGUGUUCUGGCGGGCCACCGUUCCUUCCUUUUGCAAGUGUGCUUGUCCAGAGGCUUCACUUGGUGAUUUGGGGGACAGGAAACCCCUUCAUGUUUUCCCAAUAGCUGAGAGACUGGAGACUGCGUAGAUGGCGGCUCUCAUGGUAUUUGAGUGUCUAACAGCAGGAUGGUCUCUCUCAGCACGAUCACCCUCUCCAUCCUUUGGGAGGCUACACUUUUAUUUUUAAUGGUCUAAAAAAUAUAUAAACUUCAGUGCAAAAGGAUAGAGGAAAGAAGCCCUCUCCCAAGUGGUAACCCCUGGGUUACCUCUUUUUAAUAGUUAAAUUCUAUUCAGCUUUGUGAAUGUGCCAUAAUUUAUUUUACUAGGCACCUAUCAAGGGAUAACUGGUUAUUCUGGGCUUUUUGUAUAAAUCGGAUCAGCAGGCUUUCUCUGUAAAGGGCCAGAUAGUAAAUAUUGUGGGCUUGGUAGUCUGUUGCAACUACUCAGUUCUGCCUUUGUAGUUCAGAAGCAGCCACUGACGAUAUGUUUAAAUGAGAGGGCGUGGCAGCAUGCCAAUAAAACCUUAUUUACAAAACAGGCCACUGGUAGAAAUGAUACUGCAACCAAUAGCUUUGUACGUAUUUUGGGCAUAUGUUUGAGUUUAUUGGGUAAAUUCUUGAAAUUACCAGACGGCAUAUUCAGUUUUAAUUUUGAAGAAUAUUGCCAAAUUGCCUGCCAAUGUACACUGAGCCAAGAGGGGAUAAUUGUGCCUGUUUCUCCAUUGCUUCACCUGUAUUAUGUUACCAAACAUUUUUAUCUUUGCCAAUCUGAGAUGAAACUUGGCAUCUCACUGUAAUUUGAACUCAAAUUUCAUUCUGGGAAUAUUUUCACGUUUCAAGACACGUAUUUAAUAGUAAUCAUUUGCCCACCUUU